GGAAUCUGAGAAACUGAACUGAAGGGACAGAGGGAUAGAAUAGUGAGAGAGAGAGAGAGUGAGUGAGUGAUCGCAGAGCGGAGGCGGAGAGAAAGAACAGAAGAGAGAAGCAAAUCAAGGCGGAGUCUCUGCUUCUCAGUGCCUCGCCUUAUCUCUCUUUCCCUCUCUACCCACAAAUAAAGGAGGGGCAGAAGGAGGAGGAGAAGUUGUUUGGCAAUGGUGGGCUACUGCUAUUUGCAGCCCACCUCCUACCACUCUCCCUUCAUCGCCUCCUCUUCUUCUCCUUCUUCUUCUUGCUGUCAGCCCGUGUACUUGUACUUGAGAAACGCACAGAGCAAGAGACGGAACGCGGCGACGGCUUCUCUGCGCAGGGAAGAUUCAACCGACCCCGUCUCUUGCCGCCGGAGACCCGUCCUAUUUGUCGGCGUCUCGGUUCUUCCCUUCUUGCAGCUGCAGCUUGGGGCCAAAGCUCUCCAAGCCCCUGAGACGAAGGAAAGCGAGCUGAAGACCGUGGCAGAUAUUUCAGAGGCAGAGGAAGCAUUGAGUCAAGAAGCUUCACCGAAUCCUUUCCUGUCUCUCCUGAAUGGAGUCGGAGUAUUCAGUUCGGGAGUCCUUGGUGCUCUUUAUGCUCUGGGUCGGAAGGAGAAGGAAGCUACCGAGGCAGAAAUAGAAUCAAUGGAAAACAGAUUGAAAGAAAAAGAAGCUUCAGUUGUUUCACUUGAAAAGAGCUAUGAGUCGAAAUUGACAAAGGAACAGGAAGAACGAAAUAAACUUGUCAAGAAAGCUAAGGAAGAGCAACAGUCACUACUGAACCAGCUAAAUUCGGCGAAUGCGACAAUUUCAGGUUUAGGACAGGAGCUGAAGAGUGAGAAAAGAUCAGCCGAGGAUCUGAGAAUUCAAUUUGAUGCCCUUCAAGCCAAGCUUUCGAAGUCUGAUGAAGACAAGAAGAUUCUUGAAGAAAAUUUGAAGGAGAAGCUUAGCACGAUCGAAGUCUUGCAAGAACGGGUGAAUUUGCUGAGUGCGGAACUCAAGGAAAAAGAAGAUAAUAUUCAAAUACUCAGCUCCAAUUAUGCGGAAAAGGAGUUAGAGUUGAAGAACUUGAACUUUAGUUACGAGCAAGCUAAGUCCGAUUUAGCAAAAGAGCGGCCAGAGGUUGAAGUUCUGAAGAAUGAACUUGGCAAAACUCAGAGUGAAUUACAGUCAAAGAGCUCUCUGAUCAGUGAACUGAAUGCUAGAAUUAGUUCUCUGGAGGUUGAGAGAGAUGGUAUUAGGGGUACACUGGAGGCUUCUGAGAGAGAGUAUAAUGAGCUGAAGUUAUCUUCAGAGAAACGUGCAGAGUUAGAUUCUAAGUUUCUGAAGGAAAGAGAAGACGAACUCCACCAGCUUAAUGAAAAGCUCAUACUUGCUAGGAGAGAGGUUACAGAAAAUCGAGCGGCAAUUUCUGAUUUGACAGACGAAAGAGAAAAUCUGAAGAAGCAGUUGGAAAUUGAGAUAGGCUAUGUGAAAGAUUUUAAACAAGAGCUUAAUGUGACACGGGAAUUACUCACAACUUCGAAAACUGAAGCUUCAGAGCUUGGAAAGCAGCUAAAGCAAUCGAAAGUCACGACCUCUGAGCUCGAGGCCCAAAUUUCAAGAAUUAAAGAAGAGUACUCCAAAGAGAUAGAGGCAAUGCAGAGGAGCCUCGAUGAGGUGAAAAAGAGCAAAGAUGUGUUAAAGACACAGGUUGCUUCAGCAGAGGAACUUUACAGAAAAACAGUGGAUGAGCUCCAAAAGGUGUCUCAAGAGCUCACAUCUUUGGCAGAAAAUCGCGAUAACCUUCAGAAAGAACUCAUCGAAGUCUACAAGAAGGCAGAAUCUGCAGCCAACGAUUUGCAAGAAGAGAAGAAGAUAGUCUCCACUCUGAACAAGGAGCUCCAGGCACUGGAGAAGCAGCUCUCGAAAGACAAGGAGUCUCGGAAAUCCCUCGAGAUGCAGCUCGAGGAAGCCACAAGAUCCCUCGAUGAGAUGAACCGGAAUGCUUUGGUUCUCUCGGGGGACCUCGAUAAGGCGUAUUCCCAGGUGUCAAGCCUUGAGAACGAGCGAGAGGUGCUCUACAAGACUCUCUCGGAGCAGAAGAAUGUGGCUAAGGAGGCGAGGGAGAAUCUCGAGGAUGCUCAUAACCUUGUGAUGAGGCUCGGCAAGGAGAGGGAGGGGCUAGGGAAGAGGUCGAAGAAGCUUGAGGAGGAGCUCAUGGCCGCCAAGGGGGAGAUCCUGCGGCUGAGGAGCGAGAUGAAGAGUGCUCCCUCUCCCUCACCGAAGCCUAAGGACAGUGGGGACGACCAGAAGGUUGAGAAAGAGCAAGACCAACGAGUAGAGAAUGUGACGGUCAGUGCUACUACUGGUAGGAGGAAUGGAGGGAGAAGGAGAAGAAAUUCUAACUCACAGUGAGAGAGGGAGACAUGAAUAUCGGGUCUCAUUGAAAGGCUUUCUGGCCCGAGUGAUUUUCUGAUAAUACUAUCUGUAGACAUAUGUCGUCGAGGUAUGGGAACUAAUUAUCGAUAUGUAUAUUCUGAUUCUUCAUUGCUUUGCUUGGUAUACCAAAUAAAUUUGCGGUGGAAUCUC